AAGUAUGAGGCAAUCGCCACGGAAUUACGUUUCGCUCGCGAUGAAUGGAUUAGUGCGCGCUCGAUCGAUUGAGCCACAGAUUAUUGAUUCACAGAUAUUAACGUGACUGUGUCAUUUGUGUGUUAGGUGUUGGGUUAGGUUAGGAUCGCUCGAAUGAUUUGUUGAACGAGGUUAGAUCGUUGCAGGCACUAUUGCCACUUGGUACCGACCGAGCGACUAUGAGGCGACCAAUGAGAGAUUUUGUUCGCUGCGUCGACUUGGACGAGAGAUCUGAACGAUCUGGCUUCGCAGCUUCGACGACGCGGUUAUGGGUAUAUAUAUCCACGAUCGUGACCGAGAUAUUUACGAGCCGCAAAAGUCACAUCUCAUAUCCAGAUUUCCGCCGGAGCUUGUGUGACCGCCGCAGUGAGCGCGGUUCCCGAGGGUGCAGUUUCGCUGGACGCGGAUCCGCCGUGCCGGAGGAUCCGGCUCGGUUCCAAGAUCUGCAGCUGCAGCAUGGCCGGCCUGGAGUUCUCCAGUCGUAUUUCAUUCUAAGGGCCUAUUACGGUUCUGCGAUCCAGGAUGAAAAUGACAAAAAUCUCCUGCUCCCGUACGUAUGCGGCGGUGAUCUCCGGCAAACGACUGCGGAUUUAUUAUAUAUUCUUUAA